UGCCGGCGUGACGUAUAAUCUAGUGGACGGUUCUUCAGAAACAGCUCGUCAACCACCUCGGUAGCUUGCUAGCCAACAUAGCCGAAAGAUUCAAUCUAUUUAUACGCUUUCGGUGUAUAUUAGCUGCUGUGUUUUAGACACAGUUCUGUCGUAUCUACUUGUUAACCUAUUUAAUGUCAUAUUACGUUAUUUUGUAUUAGUCAGCUAUAGAAGCUGGCUGGUUAAGUUAGCACAAGCCUAGUCGCUAAUGAUAGCUAGCUAACAUCCCCGAACAUGAGCUCCCUAAACUACUCCCAUCAUGUUAAAGAAGAGGAGGUCUGCUGGACGGAGGAAGAAGCUCUGGGGCUGAACAUUGUUGUGAAAGAGGAGAAGGAAGAGGAGGAUGUUACAGUAAAACAACAAGUGGAGGGUGAGGCUGUUACAGUGAAAGAAGAAGAGAAAGACGUUUCAGUGAAAGAAGAGGAAGAGAAAGAGGAGGAAGACGCGUUCAGAGUGAAAGAGGAGGAGUAUGUUACAGUAAAAGAAGAGGAAGAGGGGGAUGCAGUUUUUGGAGGGAAAGAGGAAGGCGAGAUUACUGUCACAUUGGAAGAUGAAGAGUUGGAGAUUGGAGAUCUGAUUAACACCAGAGAGAUACGGGACUACCGUGGAUCCUCUGGGGAGCCUCAACAACAACAUGAUGCUGAAGAGGCAGAGAAUAGUCUCUCCACAUCAGAACACCUCAAGAAACACCAGCGGAGACCCACAGGAAAGAAAUCUCAUUACUGCUCUGACUGUGGGAAACGUUGCAGAACUUCAUCAGAACUUAAAAUACACCAGCGAGUACACACAGGAGAGAAGCCUUAUAGCUGUAAUCAAUGUGGGAAGAGUUUUACGACAUCUAGCCAUCUGAUUGUACACCAGAGAACACACACAGGAGAGAAAUCUUAUAGCUGUGAUCAAUGUGGGAAGAGUUUUAUUACAUCUAGCAUUCUGACUCGACACAAGAGAACACACACAGGAGAGAAACCUUAUAGCUGUGACCAAUGUGGGAAGAGUUUUAUUACAUCUGGCAUUCUGACUAGACACCAUAGAACACACACAGGAGAGAAACCUUAUAGCUGUGACCAAUGUGGGAAGAGUUUUAAUACAUCUAGCAUUCUGACUAGACACCAUAGAACACACACAGGAGAGAAAUCUUAUAGCUGUGAUCAAUGUGGGAAGAGUUUUGUUCGAUCUGGCAAUCUGACAGUACACCAGAGAACACACACAGGAGAGAGACCUUAUAGCUGUGGUCAAUGUGGGAUGAGUUAUGUUCGAUCUGACCAUCUGACAGUACACCAGAGAACACACACAGGAGAGAAACCUUAUAGCUGUGACCAAUGUGGGAAGAGUUUUAAUACAUCUAGCAUUCUGACUAGACACCAGAGAACACACACAGGAGAGAACCCUUAUGACUGUGAUCCAUGUGGGAAGGGUUUUACUACAUCUUGCUAGCUGCAUUUACACAGGAGAGAAAUCUUAUGGCUGUGAUCAAUGUGGGAAGAGUUUUACAACAUCUUGCCAGCUGACUUUAAACCAGAGAACACACAAAGGAGAGAGAUCUUAUAGCUGUGACCAGAGAUAAAAGAUCUCUGAUCAAUCAUCAGAAAAUAAAUACAUGAAGGAGUUGUUUCAUGAUAUCAAUGAAGUAAUGUCACAAUGUAGAAUGUUUUGGCAUUGUAGUAGGAGUAUUCUAAUGAUGUCACAUUGUAGAACCCUAACCCUUUGUCCCCUGUUCUAUUGAUUUCAACAUGAUAUGAAUAUUAGCCUCAGGGGAUAAAUCCAGGCUCUGAAUUGGAAGAGUUACUAUUAAUGUGAUUUAACAAAAAGUGACUAUUUAAGUUGUUACACUUAACAUGUUGGUGACCCACUUGAAUCAAAUUGCACCACUUCAAAAUGUAGCUGGCUGUUUUCUACAAGUUGUCCUCUAACCAGGGAUGUACACAUUAUUCCCAGAUUCCGUGUGGUUUUUGAGCUGUUAGUUUUAACAGGACGUGCAACCUCAUCUCCCUCCUGCUGCACAAUUGAUUUCAACAUGAUAUCGAUGAGUGAUGACAAAUAAGUGUUGCGUUCUUUUAUUUAGCAACCCCUACAUUUAAAUACAUCACUCCCAAAUGUAGCUGACUGUCUUCUGCAUGUUGUCCUCUAAUCAGUGAGGUGAAAGAUAUCUCCCAUUUCCAUGUGUUUUUUUAGUUGUGUUAGUUUCAACAUCACGUACAACCUGAUUUCCCCCCUAAUCGAUGUCAGUGAUUUAUUGCUACUUGUCAAAACAACAGCGUUUUUGGUGCUUGUGCAGUUUAUAAGGUGCUUGUUUAAGAAAAUACUUCAUAUGAUUAUUGUGGCAGAUGUUUGUGUAUAUAGAACAUUUUAUGUUUAGGAUUUCAAGUUAUCAAACUUUCUCUGCAUUUGGAUUAUUGAUUUGGACACGUUAAACCUGUGACAUUGGGGCUAUCCCACCUAGGAAAAUGUUGUUAAAAAUAAUACUUUGCCUGACGUACAAUAUAUGUUUGGUAUUAGUUGAAAGUUGAAAAGAAAACAAUUUAAUUUCAACAUACUUGCAGCCUAUACACAUGGUCGCAG